UUGAUUAGGUACUUCAAAUCUACUGGUCUCAGUUCCGACCUGGAUGAUUCUUCUGAUGAAGAAAUCGGUGACACCAGUGGGCAGACCCACCAAAAGGAAGUGGGAAGCAAGAAAAUGGGCAAAAGGAAAAUAAGAUAUAAGCAGAGUGGCAGUGGAUGGGUUGAUAUUGGUGCUCAAAUAGAUAGAUGGAAUGUAGUGCGGGAAAAACUACAAAUUAUGCAACAUCCCGAAGUGGCUAAACUGCUGUUAGAUACGUACUUCAAAUCUACUGGUCUCAGUUCAGACCUGGGUGAUUCUUCCGAUGAAGAAAUUGGUGACACCAGUGGGCAAUGCAAGCCAAGACAGGAUAAUCCACAUAGUCAAGAAGCUGAAGGCAGUGUUCCAGUAUCACUUGGAACAGAUAAUGAUAUUCCGGAUCAAAUAUUGAAUUUCAAAAUAGAUUCAGAUUCCGUUGACAUGUUUACAGGUGAAAAUAUGUGUGAAAAGACUGAUGCUAUAGUUGUCAGCCAGAGCAAAGAAAUUGAAAAAGGACCUCAGAAUCUUGAGGUUCAUCAGAAUGACAUUAGUGAGGAAGUAAGUAAUGACCCAGAAAAGGAUAAUGGUUUUAAAGAUCAAAAUGAUGGAAAUCUUGAAGCAGAUGAUGAAGAUUUCGAGUCCAAAGGUGAGGAAAGUGAUGAUCUUUAUGAACCAAGUGAUGAAGAUCUUGAAACAGAUGAUGAUAGUAGUGAGGGAAGUGACGGUGCUUAUGAACCGGGAGAUGAAGGAUAUGUACAAAACAAAAGAAAAUGCCAAAAAUGUCACAGGUUUAUUCCAAAGGCAUCAUUUAAGAAGCAUCAAGAAGUGCAUAAGAAGAAACAGAAGAUGGAAUGCAUAUACUGUGGUAGUUGUUUUGAAAAUGUGGAGGAAUUUAAUGCACAUGUGCAUGAAACAAAACCUAUCCAUGAAUGUCAGUUCUGUGGAAAUUUCUUUGAACUCCACAGGGAAUUCAGUAAACAUGUCAAAGCGUGCCAAAAAACAAGAGAAAAUGGGACAGAAAAGAAGUCAUAUGUUUGCCAUUUGUGUGGUAAAAGUUAUCCUUCUGCAAAUUCCCUCAAGAAACACGAGAAAUGUCACAUAAGUGGAUCAUAUUUUUGUCAGUACUGCCUAAAAGAAUUUGAGUUUAAAUGUGCUGCUAAAGCUCAUGAAAAAACACAUGCAGAGGCAAAUAUAUACAUUUGCAAACAUUGCGGAAAAGUUUGUGCCAAUAAAAGAAGUUGUAGAGCACAUGAAAAGACACACUCUGCACAGGCAGCCAAGAAAACACAAAACAAAAUGAGUUUUUUAUGCCAAAUUUGUGGCAAGAGUUUACAACGAAAAGAUAGUAUGAAGAUGCAUAUUAGACAACACACUGGUGAAAGGCCUUACCAAUGCCAGAUUUGCUUUAAGUCCUAUGUUGAUACUGUCCAUCUCAAACGGCAUAUGUUAAUUCACCAAAGCCAGCAUCUGUUCAAAUGCAAUUUCUGUGAGAAGUCUUUUCCACGAAAAGAUGCCUAUGUUAGUCAUAUGAGAGUGCACACAGGGGAGAAACCUUACAAAUGUAGCUACUGCCCUGAAGCCUUUUCUCACAAUGUCAGUCGUAAGGCACAUGAAAAAGUUCACAGCGAAAGAAAAUGAACAUUAAAUUUGUUUUUAGCUCAACCUUUUAAUAAUCUCUUAUAAUUUGUUUUGUAU